AUGGUGCUUGAAGAAGCGCAGGAGCCCAGAGUCGUGGCUCGAAAGGAAAGCGUCGUAGGUACCAGGAGAAGGAAUAGAGAUAAGUGGGGAAGGAAUAAAAGAUAUGGGAACGAAGGGCUUGUAAGGUUUGAUCACAGUACUCAGGCUCGCAAGAAAGAAUGGAGGGCGAAGCCUAAUAGUUGGAGUAGUGGAGACAACAAGCAUUUUAGUAGAAAUGCUGAUCAAGCUUCGUUUGAGUCCCCAGAGAAGGUUCAAGGUCGGGCAGCUGGGAAUAACAACAGAGAGAAACAUCCACUGAUUCCGCUGAAAGAUGAUGGAAUGGAAACGACGGUCAUGAUAAAGAACAUACCCAACAGAUACACACGGGAGAUGUUGAAGGAUUUUCUGGACCAGCACUGCAUGCUUAUGAAUAAAAAGGCAGAGUUCCAGAAUGCUGGUGCAGAUGAAGAACCUUCAUUGUCAGCGUUUGAUUUCUUGUACCUUCCGAUAGACUUUGGUACCAAGUCAAACAAGGGUUAUGCAUUUGUAAACUUCACAAACCCAGGAGCUGCCAGGAAGUUUUUUGAUGCAUGGCACAAUAAACAUUGGGAUUGUUUCCAGUCAAACAAGAUUCGUGAAAUAUAUUGUGCUAAACUCCAGGGCAUGGAACAGCUAGUGAAGCACUUUGAGAGGAUGGAAUUUCCUUUUGAAGACUUUCAUCCACUGGCUUUUAGUCCAGCUCGUGAUGGUUCAAAGCAGCUGGUGAAAGAAACUAUAGUUGGAAGAUGCACAGGCUCAAACUGUACUAAACCAAAUCUAAGUAGCUGGUGACUUGACUGGGAUGCGUAUGGUACAAAAUAGUGGCGUGGUUUUUAAAUCUGUUUUUCAGUUCUGUUUGGUUUCAAUUUGGUUCUGAUCUUAAAGUUUUUAUUAGUCUUCAGACUUUUUGGUCACGCUGUUGCAGGAGAUUGAACAAAGGGUGGACCUUGGCACCUGGAUCUGACGAUCUGAUGAAUAAUCAAAGGGCAGGUGGUGGGGUCCACCCCGUACUUGGUUGGCUGUGACAUGUGGGGGGUUGGUUUGUUCGUGCAAUGUCUUUUCCGAGUAUUUUUUGGGAUAGAUUUUGUACCAACUGCCACGACUUAUUGUGACCUUAUUUUUAACAUGCCUGCAGCUUUGUACUUCCGUGGCAGAGUUAUUUUCUAUUCUGACUGUCGAGUCCACUCUUUUUCCUAUUUUUGGUUUCGUUUGCCUUCACUGUUAACCCACUGUCUAAUCCCGGUUUAGCUUUCGUUUAAAAUAAGCAUUCAGGCAAUGUAG